AUGGGAGGAGCACGAACUGUUGGAUUGAAGCGUUCCAUGGCGGCCUUUGGAGAUCUCUCUGCAAUGGUAGACCGUCCGUCUGGCAAGAGGUCCAAGCCAUUCUCUGCCAGCCGCAGUGCCAAGCACUCGUACCGACGCCCCAAGGCUCGUCUUUCCAGGACAGUGGAUAGUACGAUCGACAUGUGGGCGCUGCUAAAUCCAGCCACAGCCGCUCUGGGAGACAGUCACCUUCUUGACGUUGUCAUUCCAGACGUUCUAUUGAUCCUCCCAUCUCAGCCGGAACCAUUGAACAAGCUGUCAAAGACCAAAAUGUCGCCCAAUGUCUUCAAACAUUGUGUUGUAGACGCAGGCGGCCCCACUUCGCUCAAGCAACUACCUUACCCCGAAGUCGAAGAAGUCACCCGAGACUUGGCCAUGGCCAGGUUGGAGGGCUCACACUCCCGUGUUCCACAGCAUCUGGGGUCCAUCCGACGGGGAAAUGAACGCCUCUUCUUCUUGGAAUAA